AUGUCGGAACAGAGCGGUGUGCAGGUUCCCUUGUGCUCUAAACAAAGGGGUCCUCAACAAAAUGAGGAAAAUGAUGCGAAAACUGAGGGUACUGAAUAUGUGAGUAAACCCUGGGACAGGUAUAUCUCCGACUUCCUGAUUGGGUCAAAUCAUGUGUCCGACGCAGCCAUAAUUGAAAGAAGUAGUGGUCAGUAUCUGUCCUCCACUACAGGGUUUGAGAUCUAUGAGGAUGAAUUUGAAGAGAUAUGUCAGAGUUUGUGUAACGCCCAACUUGCCUAUCGCAGAGGGGUUACUAUCAACAAUAAGCAUUAUCAGACUAGACUUGCUGACGGCUCCUGUGGAAUAUAUGCUCGGACCGCCAGCGAUGGGUGUUCGGUGUGUCAGACAUCUUGUUUGGUCAUCAUUGGCGUGAGUGACCACAAAUGCAAAUCUAAAAGUUGCAACGAGGAGGUGAUGCGCCUUGGGGACUAUCUUUUCUCCAAAGGGAUGUAG